AUGUCCAACUUUGAUGUGGAUAUCGGUGCAAUGGACGAAGUGAUAUUCAGACUCCAAGGCAUAGUUAGCGACAAGAUGCUACCACCAAUGGCAAAGCCUGCUUCAACGGUCAAGCAACAACCAUAUUUAUGUACCGCCAUUGCUAUCACGGGACUCGGAGACAUUGUGUUCAAUAAGGUGAUGGAAAAGCUAGAAGAAGUUUUCCUCCGUUUUGCAAACAAUUUUCCCGCGGACAGCGUCAGCGGCUAUGACCCAGUUCUUCACAAAGACACGGGUUUUCAUCCCCUGGUCGACCCUGAUAACGUGUUGGCGUCCAUGGUAGGGGACAGUUUCAUCCACGCAAUCGAUAACAAGGUACAGUUUCUUUGUCGGGAGAUACUUCCUGACGGAACAGCCAGAUAUUAUUCUUAUAAUCCUGCCUCCAUACAAAUUGGAGACAUUGUCGAGAUCAGUGUUGCCUUUGUCGCAUUUCCUGCCCAAGGAAACAAGUACAAAUUUGUUGUCGCUCUUCGCGGAAUACUUGUCUUGGACCAGGAGGCAAGAGAGAAAGCUCAUAUUCUCAGAAUGCGGUUGCGCUAUACUCCAGCAAAAAGACAGGUUGCUGUUUUGUGUAGGACAAAGAGGCAGCUGUACAAAGGUCAGAUUGACAUUGAAGACACGCAACAGAGGAUGGCACAUAUGCGCUUAAAUGAGGACACAGUCCACAAUAGCAAUACUAUGUCCCAAGAUUAA